GCCGUUAAACGUAUUGAUCUGUCAGUCAGCACACUAAAGUCAUCAGUGUAUUUGUAGAUAUUGUUCAUCUUCCACACAUUAAUUCAGAAUGGCUACCGACGAUAAUAAACAUCAUGAACACCCGCCACCCGAAGUUAUGGAUAGAAUAUUGGGUACUUUAUAUGGUGGAUGUAUUGGAGAUGCUAUAGGUAUACUGUCAGAAUUUUUAACAAAGGAGGAAGCAAAAGAGCAUUAUGGACCAGUGGCUAAAAAACUUGAAUACAGUCAUAAGAGUCUGGUAGACGAUGACCACAGAAUAAGAUGGGAAGAAGGAGACUGGACAGAUGACAGUGACCAAAUGGUACUCAUAAUGAGAUCAUUGGUUGACUGUGGAGGAAAGGUGGACCUAAGUGACUUUACAGUCAAAUUAACAAAUUGGGUUAAGCAUGGAUAUAAAGAACUGAAUGACUGGUGUGGAUUGGGUAUAGGUACUUUAACAGCAAAAGUAACAGCAUAUCCUGAUUAUCUGAAAGAUCCAGAAGAGGCUGCUCGUGCAGUCUGGGAACAUCAGGGUAAACAUACUGCAUCGAAUGGUGCUGUGAUGAGGACCUCAAUUGUUGGUGUUCAUAUGUACUGGAAUAUGGAUGAGGUUGUCAAGAAUGCAAUAGAACUUACAAAAACCACGCAUUAUGAUCCAAGAUGUCAAGCAUCAUCAGUGGCUGUAUCUGUAGCUAUAGCAACAAUGCUGCAAGGAAAUCACAGAGAUAAGAAAGGUCAUUUCAAAGUCAAAGACGUAAUACACGAAGCUUAUGAGCAUGCAUCGAAGUGCUUAGAAACUGAUGAAGAAAAGAAAGACUUAGUGUUUUAUUUGGAAUGUGAAAAGAUUAAGGAAUUGAAUUUAGAUGAAUCCAAGAAAAUUGGUUACACGUACAAAACUAUGGGAGCAGGAUUUUGGGCAUUAAAGCAGAGCGAUUUCCGGAAGGCAAUUACUAAAAUCAUGAUGCAGGGUGGAGAUGCAGAUACCAAUGCUUGUGUUGGAGGGGGUUUACUGGGAUGUAAACUUGGAAUGUCUGCUUUACCAGAGCCAUGGGUGACAAAACUUUUACACAAGGAAUGGUUAGAUAAUGAAUUUAAAAGAUAUUUUGAGUUAAUGAAAUGGGAAUGGAAUGAUAAACCAAAAGGAAAAUGAAGGAUUAUCCGUAUUGCAUAUAUAUAUAUAUAUAUAGAGAGAGAGAGAGAG